AAAUGUGCAGAUCACAGAAUGACUAAGAGCCAAAGUGGUUGAGUUUAGAGUCUGUCCUGAAGUAGGAGGCAUUGAGCUGAGGCGGGUGCAAAGAAGAAUCUGAAAGGGGACCAAUGAUGAUGUCCUAGCAGUGUAGACACAGAGAUGUCAAGUAUACGCGCACCGAACGUUGAAGUAAGUCAAUUUGAAGUUGGCUGAAUGUCCUGGGCAGGAGAAACCGCACUGGAGAUGGAGUCCAAAGGACUGACUCAGUUCUUCCCUGUGGGAGUCAGUGGCCUUUGAGGAUGUGGCUGUGAACUUCUCCCUGGAGGAGUGGGCUAUGUUGAAUCCAUCCCAGAAGAACCUCUACAAAGAUGUGAUGCAGGAAACCUUGAGGAACCUGGCUUCUAUAGGGAGCAGUUUGGAGCACCAUAUCAUUGAAAAUAUAUACCGAAACUCCUGGAAAAAACUAAGUGGUCAAGUGGUGGAGGGACUCUAUGACUGUAAAGAUGACCAUCAAUGUGCAGAAAUCUUCGACUUCACUACACACAGUAUUGUAAACCAGAACUCCUUGCCAGGAGUGUAUAUAUGUGAAAACAGCGGAUGUGCAACGGUAGUCAUUGGCCAUUUAUCUCUAAGUGUACUUCUUAAACCUGACCCAAAGCAUGAAUCGUGCGAAGAUCAGGAAUAUGGGAAGGAAUUAUACAAUAUGGAAUAUGGGGCCCCCUCCAGUUCUCUCACAUCAUUUGAGAACUAUGAAAGUACUUACACUGUAGAGAGAAUCUAUAAAACUGAGCGUUGUGACGAAGACUAUAGAUAUGGCCAAAAUGUUGAAAAGACUUUCACUGAAGAAAAGCCCUUUGAGUGUAAGCAGUGUGGGAAGUGUUUCAGUUCCUCCAGGUAUUUUCGAAGGCACGAACGACGUCAUCGGGCCAAGAAAUGCUAUAUCUGUAAGCAGUGUGGGAAAGCCUUUGCUUUUCCCACUUACCUACAAACACACGAAAGAAUUCACACGGGGGAGAAACCGUACGUGUGCUUGCAGUGUGGGAAAACCUUCGCUCAUUCUCGUUCCCUUAAAACACAUAAAAGAACUCACUCGGUUAGGGACCUCUUUGUGUGCAAUUACUGUGGGAAAACCUUACGUCAUUACAGCUCUCUUCAAAUUCAUACAAGAAUUCACACGGGAGAGAAACCUUAUGUGUGUAAACCGUGUGGUAAAGCCUUCAUUACUUACCGCUCCUUUCGAAUACAUGAAAGAAUUCACACUGGAGAAACACCUUAUGAAUGUAAGCAGUGUGGCAACACCUUCAUGCGUUGGAUUCAGUUGCGAAAGCAUGAAAUAAUUCACAGUGGGGUGAAGCCCUAUGCUUGUAAGCUGUGUGGAAAAAGCUUCACUUGUUCUGGGUCCUUGAGAACACAUGAAAGGAUUCACACUGGGGAGAGACCCUAUGUGUGUGACCAGUGUGGAUAUAGCUUUACUCGGUUAAAUUCGCUUUUAAGGCAUAAAAUAACCCACACCGGUGAGAAGCCCUACGUGUGUAAUCAUUGUGGGAAGACUUUCCCUCGAUCUGCGUCUCUUCAAAGACAUGUCAAAAUUCACACCGAGGAGAAACCCUAUGUAUGCAAACAGUGUGGCGUUGCCUUCCCUAGUUCUGCUGACCUCUUAGAACACGAGCAAACCCAUAUUGACGAGAAACCGUACAUAUGUGAGCAGUGCGGCAACGCCUUCGUGCUGUGGAGUCAGUUUCAGAAGCAUAAAGCCCUUCACGCCGUCCCAGUGUCCUACGUGUGUAAGCAGUGUGGGAAGAGCUUCACUUCCUCGAGGUCCCUGAAAACCCACGAGAGAAUCCACACGGGUGAGAAGCCUUACGAGUGCAAGCAGUGUGGGAAGACCUUCCUGUGGUCCUACUCCCUACAGAGACAUGAAAAGACUCACACGGACGGGAAGGUCCACGUGUGUAAGCAGUGCGGGGAAACUUUCCCUUACGACAGUCAUCUCCAGGUGCAUGAGAAACUGCACUUUGACGAUGAGCCUUUUAAUUGUAAGUACUGUGGGAAGCCCUUCUUCACUCUGAACCAUUUGCAUAGACAUGAAUUACUUCACACUACCCUGGAUUCCAGUGUUUUUUAGUCAUGGGAGGAUUUUUUUCCCCCGCUUUGUGGUUUUCAUAGAAAUAAGAGAAAUCAUACUGGAAAAAGACUGGAUUUGUGCUAGCAAUGUGGAAAACCUUUUGAUUUGUUUCAUUGAAACAAACGUGCGAUGUCACAAUGAGGAGAAACCUUUUUUUAAAACGAAAAUCAAUGUACAAAUGGUUUUCUGAGCUUAAAGCUCCUUGGAAUGCAUCAAAGAGAAACGGGCCUGUGACUGCGAGCAGUGUGGUCGAGUCAUCUGCAGUCCUGGAUCUUGGAGGAGACAGGAGAAAACUCAAGCUGUAGAGAAACUUUUAUGUGUAUAUGUGGUGUUGUAUUAAAAAAAAGCCCUUUCUGCUUCCCCAUUCCCUCUGAAUAUGUGGAAGGAGUCACUGGAGAGAAACCCUUCAUAGCUAGGCAAUCUUGGAUAGUCUUGAGUUAUCACAUCCUCUUACAGACAUGAAAGAACCUACUGUAGAGAAAUCUUAAAAACGGGAUUUGUGAACUCUUCAUUAUCAGCUUCAUAGAACUAACAAGAAUGUACGUGGGGAGAAUUCCUAUUAGUGGAAACCUCUAUGAACACCAUUUGGUUCAAUGAACAGACAAGGAAAGAACUUGAUCCGGAGUGCUAAUCUUCUCAAAAGAGAUGUUCAAGGUUUCAUUUGGCACAGAUGGUAACACAUAUCGGAUGAAAACUUUUGCUGUUGAAAAACAUUGGAAAAUCUAGAGCAAAGUCCUUUGAAAUUUUUUUCAUGUUUAAUCUGAUAAAUGUCAGUAUUAUGAAGGACUGGACAUAUUUUAUUUUAUUAUUUUUUUUUUGUAGCAUGCUCCAGGAAAUGCACACUCUGGUGAGAAUGUUAUCAGUACAGUAUUUUGUAUUUAUUGAAAUGUUUCAGGGGCUGAUAGGGAUGAGUUAGCCUUUAAGAGCAUCUUCUGCUCCUUCCAAAGGACAUUGAGUUGGCCUUUAAGAGCAUUUGCUUUUUAGCACCACGUCACAGGGCUCACAACUGCAUGUGACUCUAGUUACAGGAGACACACUUGUACACAUAAAAAUAAAGCUUAAAUAUUUUUCUAGUCUUUUUUUUUCCAAAAAAAAAAAAACUUUUGUUGUAUAUCAUGUUUACCCAGAACUGUUAAUCUUCCAGCUUCCAGCUUUUGAAUGUUUAAAAUGAAAUGUCUCUGCUUCCACAUUCACCGUCAUUAGCUCCUGCUUGAGAGUCCAUCUCUUGGCUUGUUUUUAAAUUUUACUCUACAAAAGCAAGCAGUGAGCAGAGCAUUGAGCAAUGUGGAAUGGCGGCCUAAUUACAUGAACUGCAGACCAGUGAGACCUACAUAUGAAAAAUGCUCACAGGAAUAGAAAGUGCAUUUUAUUACAUUUGUGACACUUCUUAAAGCAAUCAUGUAUUAGUUUAAUAGGUGAUAUCUUUUUGUAUUUAAUAAGUAGAUGCUUCUCAUUGUAAAUUAUGUUAGAUUCAUUGGUAAAUUGAUAUUUGAAGUAUGCCAGUCCACAUAAAUGUCUUUAAAUGCAUUUUAGUAUUUAUGUGUGAGCAUGUGAGGGUAUGUAGACAUAUGCCCAUGGAGGCUAGAGUGCUUUGGAGAUAGUAUUACAGGAAUUGUGACAUGUUUGAUGUGUGUCAUGGGAUCAAAAUCCUAGUCUUCAUGAUAGAACAGUAAGUACUCUUAACUGCUGAGCCCCCUCAAACCCUGCAUAAGUGUAUUGUUUUUCAAUCAUGUUUAAUGGGUAGUUUAAAAAAUGGCUUUGUGAGUAUUGGGAUAGUCCUAUUGGUUUUAUUUGGCUAAUUAUAAGCAUUUUGUGUAUAUGCUUAUUUUUCACGAAAAAUGUGUGUGUGUGUGUGUGUGUGUGUGUGUGUGUGUGUGUGUGUGUGUGUGUACGUACGUAGACGAGUGUGUUUGGAGGGCAUUGUUUAUGUGUUGCUGGUAUGGUUGGUGGUGUUCACAAAGUGAGCAAAGUAAUAUAUUGGGUGUCUUGCUCUAUCUAUCACUGUUAUUCCCCCUAAGACAGAGUCUCACUGAGCCUGGAGCUGGGCAGCAGGAGCAUUUCUUGUGUCUGUCCCCCCAGUGCUGAGUAUAGAGACACUCUAGAAGUUGGCUCUGGUUCUUCCUCCCAGCAUCAUGUUCCCAGAAAUAAGACUCAGACUCAAAAUAUAUUUACAAAUGCCUUAGCCAUAUUGCUAAGCUCUUUUCUGGCUAGAUCAUAACUAAAGAUAACCCAUUUAUUUUAACCUCCAUUCUGCCAUGUGGGUGCUUACCUGUGCUGAGGUACCAAGCACCUGUCUAGUUACAUCUUCCUGGGCAAAUCUCCUACCUCUGGCUCUAUUCCAGAAUCCUUUCUGCCUCCUGGAUGUCCCUCCUUGCAUUUCCUGCCUAAGUCACGGCCCAUGAGCUUUUUGAUUGAUCGGUACAAUACAGAAGGUAUCUUCUCUAUAGAUAACUCAGUCAUUCCCAGCUUCUUAUUAAUAGGGAAUGAAACUUGAGUCCUUAUGACUGCACAGCAAGUGGCUCCCCACGUAGCCACCUCCUCAGGCCUAAACCAGUCUUAAAUUGAUUGUUUCUUUUAUGUUGCUCUCUCGUGUGUUCUCACAAUCCUGAGUAUCUGUUCUUUUUGACUUUGAAGUAUUUUCAAAAUAUUUUUUAGAAUAGCAAAUGUUAGGGUUGAUUUUGUUUUGGUUUUCCUAUUCAGAAGGUAGGAAUAAGUAUAUUGUAAUCAUGGGUCAGCCUGUCUUUCCAAGUUGACUUAUUUCUUUUGAGAAUUUCAUACACAUAUACAAGAAAAGAGAAUCAUGCAUAUCCACUGUUUCUCCUUCCAAGCCUUCCUAUUUCUCCCCAACACCCCCUCUUAACUUUGUCUUUAAAAAUAACCUGCUAGUCUAGUUAGUGUCGUUCAUACAUGCAUGAGUCUGGGGCCAUCUACUGGAGGAUGGGGGACCUACCAGUAGUUACAUCUUCACUAGUCAUUCUCCACCCCCCAGCAGCUAUUCACUACCUGUAGCUUCUCAGUAAGGGAGAUGCUGGGAUCUGGGCUGACUUAAUCUUACAAUGUAGGCCUUGUGCAUGCAGUCACAUUUGCUAUGAGUUCAUGAUUAUAGUAACCAUGUCAAAAGAAAAAAAAAAAAGAACCCAGCAUUUCACAGCACUUCUCCCUCCCUCUGGCUUCUGUAUUCUUGUUGCUUUUUCUUUGAUUGUCCCUGAGCCUUGCUGAUGGUGGAGACUAAUAUAGCUGUCUCAUUUAGAGGUACCCAUUCAGUCUCUAUAGCCCUUUGACCAGUUGUGCAUCACUCCAUUGACAGCUGUCCACUGGGAAAAGCAGCUUCUCUGACCAAAGUGGAGAGCAGUCAAGGUCUGUUGGUGUCAAGAGCUGAAUGGAUGGCAGGUACUCAGUGUUUAGAGUGUUUUUCUUUGUCUUUUUUCAGAUGGUGUCAUGUUACAUGGCCUUGGCUAGCCUGGAACUUUCUAUGUAGGCAAGACUGUUGUCAACUUGUGCUUAAUCUUUAUUUUUAAGUCACGAACUAUUAGUGUGUGUGUGUGUGUUUAUGUAAAUAUACUGUGUAAAUUUUGCUUUUCAUGUAUAUUUCAUUUUCAUUGUAAUUUCUCUAGCUAUUACACUAAGAGAUUUAUUGGUGUUACUGCCUUAGUAAAACCACGUGUUCAAUACAUUUACUAACUCGGUAUACGUGGUGAGUGAGUGGCUCAUCUAUAAAAGGAUUCUCCACAUUACUUCUGGCAGAGCUGGUGUUUGGAUUUAGGAGGUCUCAAAGGGAUUAGUUCUGUAGUUCGGUGUCCCCUGUGUUGGAUGCACUGAGGGGUAACUGAAGUUCUGCUCUUGUAACCAUAACAGUUGCUACCCAGGAGACUGAGUGCUGGAUUUAAGGGAGUGCGAUUCAUGAGGUAUGCUGUGUGAUUAGUCCACCAGUGAGUUGGAGGUACUUUCCUAUUUCAUGAAUCAAAAUGUUUCACAGUUUUUCAACUUAAGAAUGCCUUGUAGUCAUUCAGGAACAUUGUUCACUGGUUGGAGGCUUGGAACAUGUCCUUGAGUGGCAGAAGAUGUGUCUAGCUGUGUGAGGUGAACAACAGUGUUCUGGAUCAUUUUUGCAUUUCUUAGUUUCUUUUUAAACACUAAUAUUUACUAUAAGAUGAUGGAUGCAGUUGUCCGCAUAUAUAGGUGUGCCUAGAGUUUCCAUAACGUUACAUUAUGAUAAGUAAAGUGCGAGGUCAAGAAAAGCGCUUUACACUCAACCUAGUGGUCGGCACACCUUAGCCUAGUCUACAGCAACAGUUUUGGCCGCACUUACGUUUUCUUUAUGUUGGAAAAAGGGGCUUUUUCUUUGUACAUAAUUUUUUUAUUUCAAUGUUUUUUUAAAUUAUUAGCUCGUAUGUUGGCAAAGUUAUAGGUUUUCAAAUGACAUUGUAACCCAGGUUUCCAUGUACUUUAACCAUAACCACUAACUGUUUUUUCUGGUUCCGUUUCUUCUUCCCAGUGGGUCUGUUCUCCCAAGUAGACUCCCUUAGUUCAUCUCUCUAGUUUGUUUACAUUUUGAUUCUGUUCGAUAUAGAAGGGACACCAUUUGGAACUGAGUUGACAACUUACUAUCAAUCUCCAGUUCCAUCCAGAUUCCUGCCAAUAACAAUUCUUGGUGACCAAGAAUAGUCUAUGUUUCUUAUAUAGCACAUUAAAAAUUGAAAAAUUUUAGUUUAUCUAUUGAUGGGCACUUAGGCUGAGAUGGGCACUUGGGCUGAUCCUAUAAUUGAGAGCAGUCAGCAGUUGUGUAGGAACAGGAGCACAAGUGUUUCUAGUAUUAUCUGACUUAGAUUCCUUUUGUUGCAUACUAAGCAGUAGUACAGCAGGAUCAUAAGGUAGUAGUAUAUUUUGAUUUUUGAUGAAACUUCUGUUUUCCAGAGUGACCGUGCUAAUACACAUUGCCAGGAGCAGCCGUACAUUCUCACCAGUUUGUGUUAUAGUUUGGUUUCUUGAUAGCUAUUCACACUGGGGUAAAGUUAAUUGUAUUGAGAAUUUUCAUGUAUUUAUUGGCUAUUCGUACAUUGUUUGAGAAUGGAUUGUUUCUACUUGUGUUGAUUCAGUUACUUGUUUAUUUGUAAUAUAAUUUUUGUUGCCUUGUACUGGUUUUCUCAUUGUGUGUUUCGUGUACCUAAAAUUGCUUUUAAGCUUGCUGUGUGUGUGUGUGUGUGUGUGUGUGUGUGUGCGUGUGUGUGUGUGUGUGUGUGUGUGUGUGUACUUUUUGUCUGUAUGUUAAUCUCUUGUCAGAUGAAUGAGAGUCCAAAGAUAUUCCCCCACCCCCAACUCUGUGGCGCGCUCUCUCUCUCUCUCUCUCUCUCUCUCUCUCUCUCUCUCUCUUAAUAAAGAAUUGUUUCCUUUUUCUUUAUAAAAGCUCUUUAACUUCUUGCAGUGAUUAACUCCCAUUUAUACUUUGGGGGAUUUUGUUUGUUUUUGUUUUUAAUAUGGGUUCUUGCUUUGUAGGCCUGUCUGGACUGGAAUUUGCUGCAUACAUGAGGGUAACAUCUAAUUUACAGCUCUCUUCCUUCCUCUGCUUUCUGGGUGUUAACAUUAUAGUCCUGAGCCUCUAAUGUCCAUUCCCAAUUUGUCAUACUUCCUGUAAACUAUUAGAUUGAGAAUGCCAUUGUCCACGCCUAUAGCUUCAUGUAUUCUGUAGAUUUCCCUCUGAGUUUCAAGUUUUGUAGACCUUAUGUUAAGCUCUUUGGUUCACUUUGUGUUGCUUUUAUACAGAAUAAUAGAGGGAUUUAGGGCUACUCUUGUACAUACAAUGCUGAUUUCCUAUUGAGGCCACUUCUUAUCCUUAGCGUGAUUUGGGUGCCUUUGCUGAAACCAGAAGGAGUGGCUCCAUGGUUGUUCUGGGACCCUUCCAUUGCUCCGUGUGUCGGUUUUUAAGUUAUACUAUUUCACUCUGCUUUUAGAGCAUAAUUUAAAUUGGUGUAGUAAGAACUCUAGCUAGCAUUACUCUUUUUGCUCAGUGUUGCUUUGACCAUUUGGAGUGUUUGGGUUUUCUUACAGUUACAGGAGUGUGUUCUCUAUUUCUGGAAAUAAUGACAUUGGAACUUUGAGGGGCAUGUGUGAAGUCUGAACAGCUUAGACUUUUUCAUAUUACUAUGGUGGUGAUUUGUGAGCAUAGGAAUGGUUUCCCUUUUCUAGAGCAUUCAGUCUUCAGUGUUUUUAGAUUGUCACGAUGACCUCAGCUUGACUAAGUUAUUCAUAGGUAUAUUUGACUUUUUGUCUGGUCGCUUGUUUCUUGGGCUUUUGGAAGACAAUUUUAAAAAUUAUUUUAUCACCAUUUUCAUUAUAUAAAUGGCUACUUGGUUUUUCUAGACUGACUUUAUUGUACUACUUUGGUGAAGUAAUGAUUGGAUGUAAGAGUCUUGGUGCGGCACUUUGGGUCUUUUAAGACUAUGAACAUAGGAGCAGUCAAGAGCACUGGCUCUUUUCCUAGAGGACUGAGGCUUGAUUCCCAGCACCUGUGUGGCACCUCACACCUGUAACUCCAGUUCCAAGGAAUCCAACACCCUCCUCUGAUCUCUGGGCAUCAGACAUGCGCAUGGUGCACAGAUAGACAGGCAGGUAAAACACCCUUACCAGGUAAUAAUAAUAAUUUUAAUAAGAUGAUCAUAUUAUCUAUAAAUAGAGAUUUGGCUUCAUUUUGCUUCCAUUUUUCUUUCCUCCAUGCUCAGGGUUGAACCAAGGAGCUUGUAUGUGGUAGGCAAGAGGUGUACCACUGAACUGCAGCCGCACAAUUGGAUCUCUUUCCUUUCUCUUUUUAAAUGUUCUAGCUAAGGAUGCAGGAGAUGUGUACAGCAGUGUAGAGAAGGUGUGUAACUUCUUCUUGUGUAACUCCUGAUAGUUGAAGAGAUGCUUUUAGUUUUCCUAUUUGGUAUAAUCUUGGCUCUAGUUUUGCUGUGUGUAACAUUUCUUACAGUGAGGUGUCUUCCUCUUCCUAAUUUCAGGAUAUUUUCAUCAGGGAACAUAGAGCUUUGAAGUCCACUUCUCCAUGUAUUGAGGUGAUCAGUGGAUCCUUGAAUAUCUAUAUUUUCUACAAUUAGUGAUUGAUAUCUGUGGAAAGAUGCUUAUAUGCAAAGAAUGAAAUUCACCUGAUUAUAGUUUGUGGUGUUUUUAAUAUGUUGGCUUGCUUUGAGAGUAUAAUAUUGAUUUUUUUUUCUAUUUUCAUCAAGGAAAUUGUGUUAUAGUUUUCUUUGUUGUUGAGCCCUUCCUGGUUUUGGCAUCAUGGUAAUACUACUACCUUUUAUGAAUAAAUUAGUAUUUCUUCCCUUUAUAUUUAGUGAAAUAGUUUGGGAAGCUUGGUAGAAUUCAACAGUGAAUUUGUCAAGUCCUGUGCUUUCCUUGUGGAGACAAUUCAUUUCUAGCUUGAAGAUGUUUCCCUUUUUCACUGUUCACAUUCCCUUGACUUUUCAUCUGUUUUGUUGUUGAGAAUUUUAUGCAUGCACAUAAUGCAUUUUGAUCAAGCCCACACACUCCCCAUUCCUUCUAAUUUUUCCAUCCCUCACCACUUUUGUUCUCAAUUUCAUUUGUUCUCUUCCAUGUUUAACCUACAGUCUCCUUAAUGCUUCCAGUAUAUACAUGGGUGCAGUGCCAUCUUCUUUGGCAUGACUAGCCUCUCCCUUACCCAGCAGGCAUCAGUUGCCAAUAGCUACUCAGGAGUGGGCCUUUCUGCACACCUCCCACCUCCAUGCUGUCAUUUUUGUCUCGCUUGUAUUUCCAGUCACAGCUGUUGUCAGUUAGUAGGUGCAACUGUCCUGUUGUAUCUAGCACACACUGUUUGGCUGUAAUAAUUCACUCUGGCUCUCACAUUCUUUCGGCUCCCUCAUCUGUAAUGAUCCCUGGUCCUCUGAGAGAAGAAAUGUGAUGUGUGUAGAUGCUCCAUUUAGAACUGAGCCCUCCAGAAUCACUUAUUUUCUACAUGUUGACCAGUUGUGAAUCUAUUCAUUAUAAUCUACUGCAAAAACAGUAAUAAAACCCAUCUUCUGUGAUGAAGAUACAUUUUUCUAUGGGUAUAAAGAUACCCUUUAACAGAAUAAUAGUAGGUUAGUAGAAAGUUCUCCACAUUAAUGCUGCCAGACUUGGGUUUUAUCUUGUGGGUUGUGUGAAAUAGGCCUGAAAUCCAGUCACAGUGGUUGGUUAUUCUUGCCGUACUCAUGGCUGUGUCUUGUCAGACUGAUCUGUAAUUGUAGCUCAGAGGCUUCUCAGCUGGGUAAACACAGCAUCAUCUAGCACUAUGAAAGCUAGCCAGUAGGCUGAACUCUCUAGGUCAGUAUAAGCUAUGAUUUCUUAAUACUCUGUGACUCAAUGUGUGGUGUCUUCAGUAAUAAGGUCUUACUGUCAAGUUCUGUGUGGUAACCAAGGACAAUCGCAAUAGCCUAUAAUAUUUGGAGGGGGAGGUCUAUGAAACCUCCAACUUUUGGCCUAAUUUUGAUAUUUCAUAUAUGUCUUGAAAUUCUCCUUGAUUUCUUAGUUUAUUGUAAUAUAAGUUUUCAAAGUGUCCUCAAAUCAUUCUCUGGAUUUCAUUUUCUGUGUAUUGUAAUCUCUCUUUUCAGCUCUAACUUUAUUCAUAUGAAUAAAUGUAUAAAAGAAAGCAUAAGAUAAUAAACAAUGAAGUACUUAAUUAAAGUUUGUAACUAUUAUGACUGCCUGAAAGUUGUAUAUGGAGCAGCUACAGGGUUGAAGUUUUUUGAGUGGUCACCCCUUCUCAGUGUACUUUUUGGUGAUGCAACUGACUUUGAGUCACCCUUAUUCCUGUAAGUAAUCCCUUAUUGAUACUCCUGUAAGUAAAUCUCAAUAAAAUCAUGGUUCUCCAAA